AUGGCGGAGAUCCGUCAGGAAGAAGCUGGAGAAGCAACAGAAGGAACUACUGGCCUCUAUGCCACAGUUCAUGAGACCUCUGGUCCCCUCACACCCUCCGCUGCCUCCAGGGCCCGAGAACCCAAGGCACCCCCUCCGGCCAAGUUCAAAGGCAAAACAGACAAUGUGGAGACCUUCAUCCGGCAAUGUGAGAAUGUCUUCUCCAUUGAGAGGCAGUCCUUUACCUCCGAAGAGGUUAGGAUCCGUUAUGCCCGCAACCUGAUGGAAGGAGAUGCUCCGGUCCAGUGGUAUGAAGCUUACCACAACCCAUUGACCAAGCUUCUGCCAACCGGAUAG